AUGGCAUCCUCUCCAGAAGUCGAUUCUGAAGCAGUGGCUCUUUCCAAGAAACUACGCUCUGCGCUCUGGUACCACAUCGGCAAGGUUGUUGACGAAGAAAGCCUCAACCUGGGUGUAAAUGCAACACCGCAGUUCAUCGGCAGCCUGAUGGAGCUGGUCUGGGCACAGCUAGGUAUAUUUCAAACCCCACCCUUGAUUCAAGCACAUGCGAAGUGGCUCUUUGAGAAGCGGUUCUCUCAAUGGAUUUCUGACAGGCUCUUGGGUCGUACAGGAAACACCGCCGCCGAUCUCGAAUCAUUCGCGAAACAUGCUGGAAGAAGCACAAUCAAGACUGAUGAUGUUAUGCUGCUUACGAGGAGGAAUGAAGGGCUGGCACAGGUGUUGAAAGAAGAGUUGAAGAAGUUGGAAACGUCGAAACUCAAAGGAGACAAAUGA